AGUGAGUUUUGUCGCGUGCGGUUGGUGGCGUCGAUCAGCUGAUGCGAGUGACAGACGUCAGAAUUUACAAUCAAAAUGGCGUCGGGGAGUUUUUAGACAAAGGAUCGUUCCAAUUAAGAGAAAAAAGAAUAAAUUGUUUGAUUUGUUGAUUGUUGUGUGUUACUGUUGUUCAAAGACUGUUUUUAUUAAUUACGGAAAAUGCUGACGCUCAACGUUGUUCCUGAACGCUCUUUGGGCUGUGAACAGUGGGAGUUUGUAGUAGGGAUGCAUUUUUCUCAAGCUAUUGCAAUUAUACAGUCCCAAGUUGGGUACAUUAAAAACGUUCAGGUUCUUUACAAUGAUACUAACCCCCUAGACAUAGACCUUGUUCUAAAUUUACCUCAAGAUGGCAUUAGAUUGUUUUUUGAUCCAGUUUCACAAAGGCUUAAGAUUAUUGAAAUAUACUGUAUGAAGUUGGUUAAGUUAAAAUACUGUAAUCUCCCAUUUAACUCGCCAGAAGUACUGCCAUCGAUUGAACAAAUCGAACAUUCAUUUGGUGCCACACAUCCCGGAGUGUACGAUUCGGAGAAAGAGCUCUUCAUCCUAAAUUUCAGAGGUCUCUCGUUCUACUUCCCCGUCGAGUCGAAAUUUCAGUCUGGGAAUACCCACAACCUGGGUUCUCUUCAAUUCCCACCAGGAAGUUCGCCUUUAGUCUCCAGAAUGACAAUAUACUACGGCUCGAACAUCGAGCAGGCGUACGCCCCCGAGUUGCCGCUCUCGUGCUACCACGGCCAGCUCUACCUCCAGAAAGCCGAGAUCGUGCGCGGCGAGUGCUACACGAAAGGGAUUAAGUUGAGUCUGCUCGCAGGUACGAAUAACCGACGGAUCGAUUCGAAGAUCCAGUUCGAGAGGGAGGUGCUGUUAGGACACACGGCGCAGGAUGUGGCUACGGCGCUGGGCGCGCCCUCUGAGGUGUUCUACAAGAGUGAGGAUAAAAUGAGGAUUCAUACCCCGAAUGCUCUGAGGCGGGAUACGGAUACGAGGAGCGACUACUUUUUCAAUUAUUUUACGCUGGGGAUGGAUGUGUUGUUUGAUGCCCGCACGCAUUUAGUGAAGAAGUUGGUUUUACACACAAACUACCCGGGUCAUUAUAAUUUCAAUAUUUACAUGAGGUGCGAGUUUAAGUUGUCGUUGAAUGGAGCCGACAUUGAUGCCUACUGCCAUUGGGACGAUAUUUGCAAGAAAUUGACCCCCAGCGAGAGACCGGUUGUUUUAAAUAGGGCCAGCUCGACCAACACGACCAACCCCUUUGGAAGCACCCUGUGUUACGGAUACCAGGAUAUUAUUUUUGAAGUGAUGCCCAACAACUUAAUAGCCUCUCUGAGCAUAUACGGUGAUGGGAGACCGUACCAUAGCGAGUCCGAGCAUGCGUGACAGAGGCUGUCUGCCACUUACCUCAUUUUGGCGAACAGGUACUGGCAACCUUAAAAAAAAACUCACUAAAUCCACAGCUUAGUAUACAACUUGUACAGUUAUGUCAAUAUGUAGUUACAUGAUAGGAACGAAUAAUACCAAUAGCUUAAUUGUAACAUUACUUUCUAGUUAGUUAAUUUUGCAUAAGCGGAAAACAACCAAAAAAAGUUUCAAAAUUGUGAUUAAAAGCAAAAAAAAUGAAAAAAUUGGCAAAAAUACGGUUAUGAUCAUGGUUCAAUAGUUGGAGACCCUCCCCUCGGAUUAUUGUUAGCUUCGCAAAUUGAGCUUAAAGGGGCGUUACAGGGUUAUGUGUUCAUUUCUUUCUUGCGUGUACAUAUUUCAGGUUUUUUAUCCGUGUUUCAGAUGGUUUUUCAACCAAAGAAAAUGUAACUGGAGAUUUGUUUUGAGUUGGUUUAGCUCAUUACAUUACCGUUUUAGUUAGGUUUUCUGUUUGUGUGUGUGUUUAAGUGACGUGUUAGGAUAUGUAGUAAUUUAUGUUUAUUUUUUCGUAAUGUGAUGACCUAAACUGUGGCACUUCAUGUAUAUUUUGCGUUUUUUAUUCUAGUGUAUAAAAUGGUAUCGUAAAUGGAAUAAUAUACUGAUCCGGGAAGUAUUCUACAGUCGGACUUCUGUUCAGUGCACUUUUCACUUUAUUUUAAUUGUGAUAAAUAAUCAAUGCCAGUACUAUCGGGGUUCCCCCACCUACCAACCACUCUAUGGAAGUUCAACUGUUAGGUGUAACCAACCGAUUUAUUUAUUUUUAACUGAUUUGUGAUUCUCUCAAGGAGACAGUAUAUUUUUAUAUUUAAUCAUAAACUGUUAUCAUUUCAGAUCUCACAAGGCUUUAGUUAUAAAAAUAAUUUUUGAAAAAUGUGAUUCAUGUCAUUUAUACAAAUAAAAAAAAUCAAAAACC